AUGUGAAGAGUGGAUCAAGGAACAUGGACGAGCAAGAGGAGGAAGGAUGCAGGAAGUAUACAGACGACGAGGGAAGUAUGGAAACGGACACGGCGUUAUCAGAAUUUCCGGCGUUUGCCGAUAAUAACGCGAGGCAACCCGAAUCCCCGCGUCUCAUUCUAAUAGAGUUCGAGCGAGCGCGUCACUCGAUGACGGAGAAAAAUAAGAGAAUUAAUCUCGGGUUACUCGAUGGAAAAAAAAAAGGAAAAGAAGAAAAGCAAAACGGAGAAGGAGAAAGAAACGAGGAGAGGUCGGCGUACGCGAGCAGCACAUCCGGCAGAAACGCCACUGGGAAGCAAUCGGAUAUUGUAUGUAGGUAAGCAAGAAGCUGCUGAUGUUCGUCCGCGAGUCCUACGAACUCUCUCGUAGAGAGCCGUGUGUAUCAUGCACACGCGGGUCGAGUUGCAUUCUCGCGCCUGCAUGACGCCACCUUGACCCACAAAUACUAGGUUAUUAAUUGUCGGAUUUCAUCGCCACUCUCGCGAGAAUUUGCGAGUGCAAAUCAGAAGGUUGCGACAAUGAUAUCUUUCUUUUUUUAUCGCAGAGACGUCUGCGGGAAGUCUUCGAAAAAAAACAUACAUAUAUGUAAAGUGUAUGUGCGUAUAGUGGAA